AAGUAACAGACACCGCCGAGUGCUCUGCGAGCUCCGCUUUCAUUUACCUUCACAUUUCCAGGCUCCAUUAAUACCUUCAUUCAUCUUUAACUUUGGACUACUCAUCUCUUCUGGAUUUUGAGACUCUAUCCAUUCAUAAAACCACCCUCGUGUCCUUCAGCGGGGUAUAGAAGUAUGGUUGUUCAUCUUCCCGUGAGGCUCCAGUCAUGUCCACCGCCGUGUCCGCUCCUUCACUGAAGAAGAAGAAGUCUUUUGGUCGGAGCUCCAAGCCGAGUGUGAAGAUGUGUGUUUGGGAAGAGAGGGAGUUCCUAACCAUGUCGUUUCCAGAGAUGUACUGGCCGGUGCCGAUGCGAGCCAUCGGGGCUCAGAAUCUCCUCACAAUGCCAGGAGGAGUUUCCACAGCAGGAUACCUCCACAAGAAAGGAGGCAGUCAGUUUAGUCUCAUGAAAUGGCCAUUGAGGUACAUCAUCAUCCACAAGGGGUGCGUGUACUACUUCAAAAGCAGCACCUCAGCCUCACCACAGGGAGCGUUUUCUCUCAAUGGCUACAACAGAGUGAUGAGAGCAGCGGAGGAGACAACAUCCAGUAAUGUUUUUCCAUUUAAAAUCGUCCACUUCAAAACACAGAACAUGGUACUUUUCUGCGGCCAGUGAGGACGAGCGAAGGAAAUGGAUGCGAUAUCUGCGAAGGGAAAUAGAUCACUAUAAUGACAGAAAAGAAGCCAACAUUUCAAGUGACUCUGACUCAGAUGCUGACUUUUAUGGCACUAUAGAGAGACCAAUGGAAAUCAAACACCGUGUUGACACAGCAGAAGAUGAUUAUGUUGAUGAGGACGAUGAUGAGGAUGAGGAGCCAGACUAUCUGAAGCCAGACGUUAAUGAGCCACAAACAUCUACAGGACGCCCCACAGGGCCGCCUCCGUCCUACCCUCCUCCUCCAGUGCCUCAAGCAGCCCCACACUGUCGAAAUUUGAGUCCAGAUGUCCACAAAGGCCCGCCUCCACCUGUCCCAAUACCACACAGGAACCCAACUAGCCCACUCCCCAUAAAGCCUUCUAUUCCACACCAAACCCUUCAGAAAGAACCAAGCAAAGGCCCUGCCCCUCCGCUCCCUUUUGCCCCUCACCUGCAGAAGGCCCCUUCUCCAACACCUCUACCUGCUCUUCCUCCCAGUCGGGCGACCUCGCUGGGGGGUUCUGGAAACGAUAGGAGAGUGCCCCACUCCGCUGUGCAGAUCCACUUGCCUGCUACUCUGCCUAUCUGUGACCAGUUACACAGCAGGAUGGUUCUGAACGGUCCGAGCCACAGUUCCCCAAGUACUGCCAGUACCCUCUCACUGGGAAACCACUGUCUACGCAGCAGGCCAUCCGUGCCACUUCCCCACGCCGAGGGGUCUUCCCUCUCAGUUAACGCGAUUCUCCAAUCGCUUCCUUCCAAGCCUCCAGCAUCUCCGCUACUCAAGCCUGGACUUAACAAGCCGACGAUACCUAAACCGCCUCCACCAACAGCCAAGCCACCGCUGCCUUCAGACAAGCCAAGGAGUCCUUUUCAAAGAGCAUCUCCAGACGGGCAAAGUUUCCGUUCGCUGGGAGAAGAAGUCCCCACUGGAGGAAGGAAGAAAUCAAAGUUGUCCAAAAAUGCGAACGACUCUGAUGACGACUACGAGAACGUUCAGCUACCAGACUCGGUUUUCAUUGAUUCAACUGAAACCGCCUUUGUAGAAAAGCUUUUCAGGGAGUGCUGUGCUAAUCCGCCGGACGGACUGUACGGCAUCAGAAACUCGGGAACCAAAACUGCUCAGGUGCUUGUGGUUUGGGACGUCGGGAUAAACAAGGCCAGAAACUACAGGCUGUUUGAAGAGGAUGGCAGCGUGUUUCUGGAAAGUGACCUGACCUUCCCCAACCUGCCAGCUCUGGUUGAACACUACUACAGCCAUCCUCUUCCUCACCACGGCUCGCUGUGCCUGCAGAAGCCCUACGCCAAGAUCCUGAGCAGCUGAUGGCAAAAACCGGCGGCCGGAGACGCGUCUUCAAAACCGAUUCCAAACAAACUGCCUCAACGGAACACGCAGUCAUCCUGGAGAAGGAUGAAAACUUGUUAGAAAUCAGAAUCUGCUGCUCUUAAUCAGGAGCCUGUGAGCAGUUUGAUGUUUGUGAAGCGUUUUGUCCAGAAGGUGGCGCUAACUAACAGCCUAAAUCACAUUUCCCCACAACAAUGAACCACAGAGCCUCUCAGUUUCUGUAUUUUUGCAGCAUAUUUCUAUAAAUGUAUAAAACAUUACAACUAUAGAUAUUUAUUUUUGUAUAGUUUUCACCACUCAUUUUAAAAGACUAAGCUUUUUAUAGUUUAGCAAGUUGUUACAAAACGCACACUUCGCUUCAAAAGCCUGACAAGUAUGUCUGUGUACCACAUGCCUCCAAAAUGACUUCAAUUAGGCCUCUUAACGAGCCAAACAGAUCCAAUUAAAGGCUAAAAGCAGCAAAUGUUCACCCUGGCUCUUUCAUAAUAUCAUGAUCAGGAAACUUCUUUAUUUCAGGGUUGUAAAAACAGGAAGUUAGUCUUCAUAUUUUUGUUGAAAAUAAAGGGAAAACAUUAACAGUGUUGCAAAGCCUUGUUUUCAAAGACUCAAUAAGACCAAACAGGGACUGACGGUGCCUUAAAUGUCUGUUUUUGUGUGUUUUUUGUCGACAUCAAGAUGUUUCUUUUUGAAUUUGUACAUUCCUGAGUUUUAUACUGUGCAGCUUUUGUCCAUAUUUAUAUGUAAAUAUGUAAAAGCAAGAGUGUAAAUAUGUAAAUGUGAUGUUUUCUACAGAAUUUUAUGCUGAUAACAUAUAAACAACUUGAAUUUAAAAAAAAAAUGCUUUUUUAUGUUCAUUU